AUGGAUAAUUCUGAUUCGAUUAGCUGGCGGGAUAGAGAUAGUAAUCUGAAAGUUUUUUCUAUUCAAAAUGUUUGGGAAGACAUUCGUACUCGAGAUAUUAGGCUCGCAUGGACUGAUCUUGUAUGGCAUAAGUUUGGUAUUCUCAAACACGCUUUCAUGCUGUGGCUGGUCUUUAAGAGGCGGUUAAAGACCCAAGACAUGCUUCGUUCUUGGGAUUUGAUUCAUAGUUCGCAGGAUGAAGAUAUUGUGUGCCCUCUUUGUGAAUUGGAAUCGGAUUCACAUAACCAUUUAUUUUUUGAAUGUUCAUUUUCUGAUCAGGUUUGGAGAGGUGCAUUGAAUGAAGUAAAUAUGGUCCACUCAUCGUCAAGUUGGGACUCGAUUAUUCAGCAAUUCUUGUCAUCCAUCAAAUCGAAGUCUUUCAAGAUGAUUGCUAGUCGAUUAAUCCUUGCAGCUGCGGUGUAUAUGAUUUGGCAAGAAGGUAAUUCAAGACUUUUCAAGAAGCAAAAGAAACCGGCAGCCCAGCUAGUGAAAGAGGUAAUUGAAGUCGUGAGGCUUAAGUUGCUGAUCUUUCGGUAUAAAAGAAGUGCUAGAAUGGAAGAGGAUCUAGCGUUUUGGAAGAUCCCAAUUUCAAGGCUCCUAUAG